GUGGGAGGCUCGCCCCUGGCCACCCAGCUAACAUGAAACUCAGCACACAUCCUGCGCUGCUGGAAGAAGUCUGCCUAGGAGUGGCCUGCGUCCUUGGCUUUGGUGAGGGCGCUUGGAUGGCCACUCCACCAGACACUAAGCCCCAAGCCCAAGGCUUGUUGCUAAGAAAAUUCACUGCCCAGGCCGAAGGCUCGGCGCUGAGGACCGCGUGUGGAAGGCAGCUCUGAGACCUAAGGCAUCGCUGGAGCCACAAAUACCCACUGAGAAAAGAAAGGCUAGAACAACUUGCCGCUCGACUAGCCCAGACUUUUAACUCUCCAGAAAGCCCUCAUAGGCCAAUGGGGAUGUUGUUUCAGACUGCGCAGAGAUCGAGCACCCUUCUCCACCAUUCGGCUGAAUAUGCGUGCGCCCGCCGAGUGUCCUCCCCCAAACCGCCUCUCCCCAGCUCCAGCCUCCGGGGUCCUCAGAACACCCUCCCUCUUAAGUUCCUAGACACCUGGGAUCUGCUGCGCCAAAUUCUGCAGAGGCGCUGGCGAGGAGUUGAGGGAAGCUGGAGAAGAAGGGUCUCUAAACACACCGCCCUAAGCUUCCGGGGCUCGAAGGGUCCUGGGCCAGCAGCUCCUAGGGGUGGGACGGGGAGGCGUGGGUGCGUCCAGCCGCAGCGCAGACCUUACGUCGCUCCGCCGGGCGCCUCAGUUUUCUCUCCUAGGCUCUGGCACCUCUGGACCUCCGAACGUUGAGCUCAGGAAAGAGAACUCCCCGCGCAGCCGCGCUCAGUCCUUCCUCCGGGAUUUUCCUGAGAAUCCCCACGAGUUGGCCACGAUCCCUGUGGGGUUUUCCUUCCAAUCAGCCAUGCGUCCUACUCUCAUCCUCAGCGCUCAGGUUGCCCUCGCGCAGGCCAGGAAUCCACCACUGAUUACCAACAGCUGAAGCUGGCGUAGCCCCUUACCCUUCCUUCGCAGCCGCACAAGUUUCGUGUAGGAUGGUACCCCGGCCCCCUCCCGACCCCUCUAAUCUGGACCGCGGCUGCGGCGAGGAGGACGGGAGCCAACCCAACCUACCGCAUCGGAGCCAGCCUACCGCACCCAGAGCCGGAGUCUACGGGUGUCCUGAAGAGGGUGCGCAGCCACGGCCACCGGCGUGACCCGAAGGCCCGUGCCCCAUACCGGCGCCCAGGCACUACCCCUUGUCUUCUGCCACUCGUGUAGGCGCUCAGGACCUCUAGGCCCUGGGGUAGAUCCCGCCCCUUCUCCAGCACCUCCGGGAAGAACCAAAAGUUCAAUUUGGGAUUUUCCUGUAAACAAGAGCCUAGAGUGUUUUUGCUCGAUGCUGGAUUUAAUACGAAUAUAUUUUUGAGGGAUUUGCAUUUUUACUUUUGAUUUUGGAUCUUCAUUUACGUGACAGCCGUCACCUGUACAUUAUUGUUGUUGUUGUUGUUAUUAUUAUUAUUAUUAUUAUUAUUAUUACUCUCUCCCCGCCUUGCGCCUUGACUCGCGAGUGAGAGAGAGGACUCGGAGGCGGAGAGCUCCCAGAGGCCAUGUACCAGAGCUUGGCCAUGGCCGCCAACCACGGCCCCCCUCCCGGGGCCUACGAGGCGGGCGGCCCUGGCGCCUUCAUGCACAGCGCGGGCGCUGCCUCCUCUCCCGUCUACGUGCCCACGCCGCGGGUGCCCUCCUCGGUGCUGGGCCUGUCCUAUCUCCAGGGCGGAGGCGGGAGCGCCGCGUCCGGAGCCACCUCUGGCGGCAGCUCCGGCGGGGCCCCGGCGGGCGCCGGGCCCGGAACCCAGCAGAGCAGCCCGGGCUGGAGCCAGGCGGGGGCCGAGGGAGCGGCCUACACGCCCCCGCCUGUGUCCCCGCGCUUCUCCUUCCCGGGAACCACCGGGUCCCUGGCUGCCGCCGCCGCCGCCGCCGCCGCCCGGGAAGCCGCGGCCUACAGCAGUGGUGGCGGAGCGGCGGGCGCGGGCCUCCCCGGCCGCGAGCAGUACGGGCGUGCGGGCUUCGCAGGCUCCUACUCCAGCCCCUACCCAGCCUACAUGGCCGACGUGGGCGCGUCCUGGGCCGCGGCCGCCGCCGCCUCCGCCGGUCCCUUCGACAGCCCGGUGCUGCAUAGCCUGCCCGGCAGGGCCAACCCCGCCGCUCGACACCCGAACCUCGUAGACAUGUUUGAUGACUUCUCAGAAGGCAGAGAGUGUGUCAACUGUGGGGCCAUGUCCACCCCGCUCUGGAGGCGCGACGGGACGGGGCAUUACCUGUGCAACGCCUGCGGCCUCUACCACAAGAUGAACGGCAUCAACCGGCCCCUUAUCAAGCCCCAGCGCCGGCUGUCUGCCUCCCGCCGAGUGGGCCUCUCCUGUGCCAACUGCCAGACCACCACCACCACCCUGUGGCGCCGCAACGCGGAGGGCGAGCCCGUGUGCAAUGCCUGCGGCCUCUACAUGAAACUCCAUGGCGUCCCCAGGCCUCUUGCAAUGCGGAAAGAGGGGAUUCAAACCAGAAAACGGAAGCCCAAGAACCUUAAUAAAUCUAAGACACCAGCAGGUCCCUCGGGUAGUGAGAGCCUUCCUCCCGCCACCAGUGCUUCCAGCAACUCCAGCAACGCAGCCACCAGCAGCAGCGAAGAGAUGCGCCCCAUCAAGACAGAGCCCGGGCUAUCAGCCUACCAUGGGCACAGCAGCUCCAUGGCCCAGACGUUCUCAGUCAGUGCGAUGUCUGGCCACGGGCCCUCCAUCCACCCAGUCCUCUCGGCCCUGAAGCUCUCCCCACAAGGCUACGCAUCUUCUGUCAGCCAGUCACCGCAGGCCAGCUCCAAGCAGGACCCUUGGAACAGCCUGGCCUUGGCUGACAGUCAUGGGGACAUAAUCACUGCAUAAUGUCACCUCCUUCCCUCCUCAGAUUUCGGCACAGACUUGGGACUUGGAGGACAGCAGAGAUGAGGCUCUGGGCUCCCAGGGGCCAGCCUGCUCUGUUGGGGAAUAACUCCAGAAGAACAACCGGGAAGAAACUUGAAGUUGACAAUUUGGCUUAGGGGAAGUGGGUAUUGGAUUUUAUCGGAUGCCUUUUCAAGGGUAGGCAACUGGAAAGAACCCAGACUCUGAUCUGGAAGAACCCACCCUUCACUACAAGCACAUUUAAGUCCCUUCUGUGGAGUAAGAGACUUCUUUCUUAUUUCCGCCCUACCCCUCCCCUACAAGAGACGAGAUAUCUUUCUCCUCUGCCUUUCCACCACCGUGACCUAAGAUGGUGGCUUUUCCAUGGUGUUCCUAGCACCGGGGCUCUGAGGGUGGGUGAAGGCUCUGGGACCCCUGGUCCAGCCUGAAAUUGGAUGCGACAAGCCCCUCCGGGCAGCUGCUGCCCUUGCCCAGCACUCCCCCUUCAGGUUUGGCAUACUCCUGCUUUCCUCAAUACCGAAUCUUGGCUCCUGAAACGUUGCGUAUAGCGCCCAUGCUACUGAGGGCUUCGUGGGGGAGAUGGAGGAGAGGGCCACUUCACCCACUGCCACGUGUGGCUUGGGCAAAAUUGCAACUAGGAACUUCGCCUCCCCCAAGUUCCUUUCCCUGACCCAAGGCUCAAGCCUCCGCUCCUUCUCCUCACCCCCAAAGCCUCUGAAAAUAAAAAUCCCUUCCACUGCUGAGUGAUUCAGCUCUGCCUUCAGCUUGAACAUGUCUCUCCCUCCACAAAACAAGAGCUUGGCAGCUUAGCCACACAGCAGCCUCCCCCACGCCUGUCCCCCCAAAUCCUUCAUCCACCCCUUCACACACAGGUGGGUCCCAAGUAAGUACAAAAAAAGUUCUGCUGCUAAAGCGAGUUUGACAAACACUCACCUAAGACUUGAGAUCCUUCAGAAGAGCGUGUCUGGUGGACACCAGCCCCGGGGGUGGGCAGGGGGUUUCCGUGAAUUCUUGUGCUUGGAUCUCGUGGACGACCCUCUUGUUCUGCGGAGCUGUGUCUCUUGUUCAGACAGCAGGCCGAGUUCAUCCAAGGGAUGCGGAGCCCCUGCACCUACCUACAUCCUUUCCCCAGAAGACAUCUGUCCAGGAGGCAAAAAGCUAGAGAUCUUGCAACAUACAUUCAAAGCAAACAAACACAACAUGACAAAAACUUAAUGGAAAGACAACAACCGAUAAGAGAAGACACUGAGGGUGGGCCUUGAGGGAGUGUCCGGCCCUUAUAUUGUCCUGGCAUUGGCCUUCUUCUCCUCUUCAUAUUGCCGUUUCUGCCCGAGAUGCUGGAGCUCCUCGCAAAGACUUCUCCUUCCUCGUCCUCAUCGUCAACAGACCUGUAGCUGACUGUGGCCUUACCACAUCUUCCCCCCAAAUCCCCAGCUCCCAACCCCAAAAUCCUACUGGCUGUAGCAGAGAAUAUUUUUAAACCAAGAUUCUGUUUUAAUCAUCAUUACGUUGCUUUCUUCCAUGAAGGCCACCCUCAUAUACCUUCCCUGACCCACAAACCUGUUAACAUUGUCUUAAGGUGAAAUGGCUGUAAAAUCAGUAUUUAACUAAUAAAUUUAUCUGUACUCCUC